AUGUCAGCGGACGGCCACGGACUCCCGGACGACUCGGUGCGGAGUGCCCACGACAUGAUCCACCACGCAGAGCAGGAAGAGCACGAGCACGAAGCCGCCGCCAAGCGCGGGCUACCCGACUGGGCUGCCGAGGCCGAGUACGACAUGAUGCACGGCGCAGAGGUGCAGCAGGAGGCAGGAGAAGAACAAUACCACGGAGGGCAAAAUUAG